AUGCGGCGCUUCCUCUUCUACGUCGCUUACGUCAGACUCAUCGUCAGUUGCAACGUAUCCCUCCGCGGUGGCCCCGGAGCCCAGCAUGAAACCUCUGGUUGGGGAGCCUCUGUAUCAGCUGACAGCCCCUCCGGCGCCUACAGCGGGAACAAAGUGAUAAUCCACGGAAGAGACUCGGACGCCUGGCCGUCCGUCGGUCGAAGCGGCGACCCCGGCUACGCCGCGACACCAGGAUGCCCCUCGGGCUCAGCUCGCUCUAACGUGGACGCCGGCGCCAUCGCCACUGCUCCUAGUGGUUUUCUGAGUAUGGCCACGGGUGCCGCGGACCAGCAGCCCCUCUACAACUCUCUCAAAGCAAACGGUAGCAUGAUGACGGGGCCCGUGUCGGCCAACGCUUUAGCCAACAACCGAGGCUGGGGCUCCGACGGGAAGCAGGACGCCAUGAACGGCGGCAGAGUCGGAGCCCCCGGUAACUGGGGAUCGCCCAGUUUUAACCUCAACCUCAACCCCAACGCCAACCCGUCCGCCUGGCCCGUUCUGGGGCACGAAGGCGGCGGAGGGGGCGUCAUCGGCCCCAGCGGGGUGUCCAACUCCUCGUCCCUCCAAGCCGGGAUGAACGGAAAUGGAAAUAUGGGAAAUGGAAGUGCGGAUAACGGUAGGGGGGGGUGGGGCGGCAUGAUGAGCGCCACUGAAAACGACCAGCAGCACCCGUCCGCCAACACCAACUUAUCCUUCAACGUGGAGCCUACGAACCUCAACACCGACGGACCAAACUACGCUAAGAAGCAGCAACAAGCUCAGGAGCCGAUGAGUCCCAUCCACGGCCUGACCGGCUGGGGCGGGCAGUCGCCCACCGAGUCCGCCCAGCUCAACGGGGACACGACGGGCAGUUCCGUGUGGGGGAGCGCAGAAACCAAGGCAGCUGAGUCGCCCAAAGACUCGGGCUGGGACUCGGGUCCGUCCGGAGGCCUCUCCGCCUGGGGCCGCCAGGGAAGUGGCGGUGGAAGUAGCGGAAGUGGCGGCGGCGGCGGUGGAGGUGGAGGUGGUGGUGGUUGGGGUGAUUGGGGAAAGUCCUCCGGCGGUGGAGACACAUCCAAAGGCUGGGAAUCGGUCGACGCCGGGAGUUCUGGCUCGGGCCACGAGCAGCAACUGGGCUCGUGGGGCAAACGCCCUGGCACCGCCCCGGCUAGCGAGGACAGCGGCGACAGCAGCGAGGGUCGAUCCCACCACAGAGACAGACCCACCACCAUGGAACUAACCCCCAUGCUGCCCCGGCAGGACCUGGACCCCAGGGUGCUGAGCAACUCGGGCUGGGGCCAGACCCCCAUCCGCCAACACACCGCCUGGGAGAUGGAGCAACGACUCAACUCCGGCGACGGAAAGAGCGGAAGCAGCUCGGACGCCAUGGCGGGCUCCAAAUCCUCGUCUAACGGGAACCCCAACCCCAACGUUGGCUCCAAUCAGAGACCGAGCUCUGGAGGGAAGAGUGACAGUGAAGGAUCAUCGUCCUCCGGCUGGCGGGGCCCCCCACCUCAGCCAAUCCAGCCCGGAUCAGGGUGGGGAGACCCCCAACCUUCCCUCAACAAGGCCCCUAACGGCUCAGCCGGGGGCUGGGGAGACCCUGCACCCUCCAACGGCUCUAAGGGUGGGGGCAACCCGUCCUGGGGCUCUGAGGAGAAGUCACCCAGCUGGGAUAAUGGCAUCAUGAAGAACCAGCCCUCCUGGGGAGAGGCGCCCAAAAGCUCCCACGGUUGGGGCAACAGUAACGGGAACUCCAACGGCCCCAACGCCGCGGGGGAGUGGGGGGAACCAGACGUCAAGAACAACGGCUCCACCAGCAGCAUGUGGGAAGGAGACGGAGGAAACGGAGGAAAUGGUGGAUGGAAGGAAAACCAGAGGGGUGGCGGUAGAGGAGGAGGAGGAGGAGGAGGAGGAGGAGGAGGAGGAGGAGGAGGGUGGGGUAAAUCGGCCCCCGCCGUGACCAACUGGGGGGAGCCCCCGCGCACCAACGGCCCCGCGCAGGGAGGCUGGGGCUCGGCCAAGCCGCAGGAGAGCAGCAGCAGCGGCAGCAGCAACGGCAGCAGCAACGGCAGCAACAACGGAGGAGGAGGAUGCGUCAGCAUGGGGUCCUGGGGGGGGCCCAGCUCCGUCAAGCAGAACAGCCCCGGCUGGGGCAACGGGGGCAAGCAGGACCCGGGCCAGGAGCCCACGGGCUGGGAGGAGCCGUCCCCGCCCUCCAUCCGCAGGAAGAUGGAGAUCGACGACGGCACGUCCACCUGGGGCGACCCCACCGCCUACAACAAGUCCGCCGUCAACAUGUGGGACCGCAACAACCCCAACGGUAACCCCGGCAACGGCGGCAACGGCGGCAACGGCGGCAACGGCGGCGGCCCGCCUCCCAGCAAGAACGGAGGGAUGAUUGUUCCCCCCAACAACAACAACAAUCACCACCACAACCCUCACAACAUGCACCACCAUCACGGCCAGACCCCGACUCAUCUGCAGCACCAGGGGAAUAACAACGGGUCGCCCAACGCCCCGCACCCAGGGGUGGGGCCCCAGGGCAGACCCCCCAUGGCCAACCCAGGGUGGGGCGACCUUCCCAGUGUUCAGGCCAAGUCGGAGCCGGCUUGGGGAGAACCGGCAGCUCCAACGUCAACGGUUGAUAACGGCACCUCUGCCUGGGGAAAGCCCCCGGGGGUGGGAGGAUGGGGGGACGGGGGCCACGAACCCUCCAGCCCUUACGUCAGAGUCAACGGACCCACAGGUCCUGCACCUUGCAAGCCAGGCCCCAAACCUAUGCAAGACGGCUGGGGAGGUGGAGGAGACGAGAUGAGCAUGUCCACCAGCCAGUGGGACACGGAGGACGGAGACGUGUGGAACAGCCCCGCCUCCCAGGAGAGCAGCAACUCCCACAACUCCUGGAGCAACGGGCCCAAGAAGGGUCCGAGCAAGGGGAAGAUUGGCAGCAAGCCGGACGAGGCCUGGAUCAUGAGCCGCUUGAUCAAGCAGCUCACUGACAUGGGCUUUCCGAGAGACCCUGCUGAGGAGGCUUUGAAGAGCAACAAUAUGAACCUUGACCAGGCUAUGACCGCCCUGUUAGAGAAGAAGACGGACCUGGACAAGCGCGGCAUGGGGAUGUCCGACUACAGCAACGGCAUGAACAAGCCUCACGUGUGUCGGCCCUCUGCUCUCUCCAAAGACCCCUCCGACCGCAACUCCUUCCUCGACAAGGAUGGUGUCCUGUCAGAAGACGCCCCCUCAUCACCGUUUUUGCCUUCCCCCAGCCUGAAGCUCCCCCUGGCCAACAGUAGCCUUCCUGGCCAGGGUCUGGGCCAGGGCAACCCGGGGCUGGCAAUGCAAAACUUGAACAACAGACAGAUACCCAGUGGAAUGUUUGGCAGUGGAGCAGCACAAACCCGGGCCAUGCAGCAGCAGCAGCAGCAGCAGCAGCAGCAGCAGCAGCAGCAGCAGCAGCAGCAGCAGCAGCAGCAGCAGCCUCCUCAGCCGCCAGUGCCGCCUCUCAGCUCCUCCCAGCCGAGUCUACGUGCUCAAGUGCCUCAGUUUCUCUCCCCUCAGGUCCAAGCACAGCUCUUGCAGUUUGCAGCAAAAAACAUUGGUCUUAACCCUGCACUUUUAACCUCACCAAUAAACCCUCAACAAAUGACCCUGUUGUACCAACUUCAGCAACUGCAAAUGGCGUACCAGCGUUUACAAAUCCAGCAGCAGAUGAUGCAGGCGCAGCGCAACGUUUCCGGCCCCAUUAGGCAACAAGAGCAACAAGUUGCACGUACAAUCACCAACAUGCAGCAGCAGAUCCAGCAGCACCAGCGUCAGCUGUACCAGGCGCUGCUGAUGAAGCAGCAGCAGCUCCCCUCCCACUCUUCCUCCUCCUCCUCAUCCUCGGCCGGCCUGCACCCCCCCGGCGGCCACGCCGGCGGCCACGGCUCCGGGAAAUCAAGCCUGGACCCGUUCUCCGGCCCGCACCAGGUCCCCGGCCUCUCCGACUCACUGCACACCAAAGAGCCGCCGUCCCCGCCCAACGCCUACAGCACCUACUCUCUCUCCGGACUGAAUCCAAACAUGAAUGUAAACUGCAUGGAGGUGGGCGGUCUGUCCCUGAAGGAGCCGCCCCAGCCCCAGUCUCGCCUGUCCCAGUGGACACACACCAACUCCAUGGACAACCUCUCUGGAAACUCUGCAAACCUGGAGAAUAACCUCAAUAAGCACGGUGCCAUAUCUGCUGCCUCUUCCCUGGUGUCGUCGGGGAAGCCCCCCCAGCUGGAGGACUCGUACAGCCCGUACGGCCUCAUGUCCAACAACGAGCCCCCCGCCAACACACUGGUGCCUCCCGACAGCUGGGGCCAAGCCAAGAGCCCCAACGAGAAGCUCAGCAACGGGACCAACAUCAACUGGCCCCCAGAGUUCUGCCCCGGCGUGCCAUGGAAGGGCCUCCAGAACAUCGACCCCGAGAACGACCCCAACAUGACCCCUGGCAGCGUCCCCAGCGGUCCCACCAUCAACACCAACAUCCACGACGUCAACCGCUACCUGCUGCGGGACAGAAACGGAGGUAAGCUGCAGGAGCUGAAGUCCAGCUGGUCCCAGGGCCCCCUCCCUCAGAGCCAGCCCUCUCUGUCCCACGAGCUGUGGAAGGUUCCCCAGGGGCCCCGCAGCAGCGCGGCCCCCUCGCGGCCCCCCCCAGGCCUCACCAACGCCAAGCACUCCUCCACCUGGGGCGGGAACUCCCUGGGCGGGAACUCCCUGGGCCUGGGCCAGGGCUGGAGCGGCAACUACUCCUCCGAGGGAACCACGUGGAGCACCGACAGCUCCAGCAGGACCAGCAGCUGGCUGGUGCUCAGAAACCUCACACCACAGAUUGACGGCUCGACUCUGCGGACGCUGUGCAUGCAGCACGGCCCCCUGAUCACAUUCCACCUCAACCUGACGCAGGGCAACGCCGUGGUCCGCUACAGCUCCAAGGACGAGGUCGCCAAGGCCCAGAAGUCCCUGCACAUGUGCGUGCUGGGCAACACCACCAUCCUGGCGGAGUUCGCCGGGGAGGAGGAGGUGAACCGCUUCUUUGCACAAGGCCAGUCGCUGGGGGCCAACACCACGAGCUGGCACGCCAACCCGGGGGCCAAUCAGAACCGGCUGGGCGGGAACUCCCAGUCCCACGGCAUGGGCCAGUGGAGCAGCGGCGGCGGAGGCAAGACCGGCGGGGGCGGCGGGGGCGACCUGCUCUGGGGCGGCAUGCCCCAGUACUCCAGCCUGUGGGGGCCGCCCGGCGGAGACGACGGCCGCGUGAUCGGGAGCCCCACCCCCAUCAACACCCUGCUGCCUGGAGACCUGCUGAGCGGAGAGUCCAUGUAGGACUCGACCCCUCAACCCCCCCCCCCCCCCCUCCCCCGGUGGAAGAGAAGGACUCCAGAGAAGAAGAGAAGAAGAGUGAAUCAUGUGGCGAUAAUCAGUAUCAGCUUGAACUGUGAACGGUGAAUCCGGAGGCCCCAACCGUCCGCCUCCGACGUUUACCUUGUUUUCCGUUUUUGGUAUUUUCAAAAAUGCAACCACAAAAAACUGAAGUUAGACGCAAAGAAAACCUUUGAAGUGUUUUUUGUUUUCGUUAGUUUUUCCAUACGUGAACAUGACAUUCUGUGUGAAGUGUUUUUUGUAGAAGAAGCAAUCAAAGCUGCCAUCUGAGACCCCCCUCCCCCCCUACCAAACAACAACCAUUCCCAGCAUAUCCAUGGCCAACGUUUCUCAGCACUAAUCUUAGCCUUAAGUGCUCUCUGGCCCCCCCCACGCAGCCGCCUUUGGUUUGUUUUGUACCUGAAGAGAAAAAAAAGACAAACAAACGCUGAAAUCUUGCACAGUUCACCUCUGAGCCAACAAGGUGGUACAGGAACGCGCCCCCCAGCGGCGGCGAGGACGCCUGGCCACGCCACUGGCGCUACCAAUCAACCAAGCUGUUAAAUGUUCCUGUUUUUUAUUAUUUCAAUGUAAAUCCAAACCGAUUCUUUUUUAUUUUUGUUCAUCUAAAGUAUAAGCUGAGAGAAGAUUGUCAACCUCGCUGAUGUUACGAAUCAUCGACGCCUGCAGACCCUCCCGGUCGCCUUCAAGCCUGGACCCCCCGCCCCCCCGGCGGCCCGCUGGUGCUUUGUGGGUAAAAAAGCCCUGGCGGCCGCGGCGGUCAGCCAGCUUUCUGGGGGACGAAAUCUCAGUUUUUUUUCUUUCAUGUGACAGUUACAUUGUGCAAUAUACACCGCCGACCUUUCUUCCGUCCAUAACUCCACCGGAGCUGGGUCGUCUCUCUCCUUAUUUUUAAUGUUUUUUUUUUGUGAUUGUUGCCGAUUUGAGCAUAAGACUUCAACAAUGUUAAUACCCCCCCCCCUCUUUUCAAAAACUUGGAUUCCUACCAGGCCUCCGAUCCCCCCCCGAAACUGUUGGGACAACUCUAGCGAAGAGGAAGCAGCAGCUGCAGAACUGAGCCGGAAACUAACGGGAUAAAACGGCGCUGCACGCUUCCUCUCCGCGCGCCACAGCCACACCCAACAGAGACUGAAACCGCGGCGGGUUUCGGACGGUUUCUGGCCGUCCGGCACAAUACCAAAUAAGAGGGGUUCCUCCUGAUGCAGUAGACCCACGAGUGUUCCUGGCAUUUGGUACUGUACGAGCGGGAGAGACGUUCUAAAAAUACUCAAAAGGGUUUUUUGAUCAUAGCACUUAUGAAGAGCAAAUCACUUCAACUGCAAUCCAAUAAAUCCAAAAGAGGAGCAGCAAAAAAAACAAAAACACUGCAAAAAAAACUAAAAAACACUGCUCUUUUAUGUACUGUAUCCAUGGAGACGUGUCUGCCGCUGCUCCUCUGGUGGCAGGAUGAAGGGAAACACAACUGAAAUGUAUCAACAAACUUUGGGACUAAAGAAACUGCACUCAAGUUUGUUUUUGUUCUUUUUUUUUGAACCAUCUUGGAACUAUAUCAAAGUGAAUAUCACUGUUACUCCAAAAUCGUUAGCCUUUGGUCCAUUUGGAGGCGCCGGAUUCUCCGCCGGCCGGGUGGGCGGGGCAGGCCAGAGGGGGCGGGGCUUGGAUGGCUCCCCGAAGACUGGCCAAUGACGGGGCGUCUCCCGCCGUCCUGCCGCCACCCAAACGUCUCUCAGCUCUUUGACACAAAGAUCACUUUAGCUGGAAGCUGUAAUAGUCAUAUUUCUGGAAUUGUCGCCAGCAUACUUCGUAUUUCUUUGCUUGGGUUUAUAUUUGUGUUUGUUUUUUGUUAAUGUGUCCACAUGCAGUGGUCUACUCUACAGAACUAGCCCUCCACUGUUCAUAUGCAGAAACACUCUGGUCAGAGGUGCCUCUGUACGUUCAUCCUGUGUAUUGAAUGCAAACCGAGGAUCAAUACUACGGAGCGUUAUUGAUUGUCUUAUUGAUUUUGAACUGCUCAUGCUUCGGUGUCCGACAGUAUUCUGUAGUACUUCCAGGUCGUAUCUCGUGUUACGAUUGGGGCAAUCUCAGACGGGAAUGUGGGUGUGGUGCCGCUCCGAGCUGCUCCGGCCCCCUCCCUCGCCGCCGCUGCCCAGCUGCUACGCUACAACCUCCACCUCCGCCCGCUAGCCCCCCCAGACCCGGCACUAACACGCCCUCGCAUCCGUUUCUAUGCAAAAGACUAGAGGCUGGGGCCCUUUUCAGCACACCCAACCUUGACCCCCCCUCCCCCCACACACGAGCUCCCGUCUGCACUUCAAAACGGCCACGGCCUCUGCGGAGUCCGACCUAAUCGGAAACGCUUGAGCAGAGGUCGGCCUUUUCUCUCUGCGCUGAAGACACUCGCGUCCACGUUGAUCUCAGGGUCGGGAGUUGAUGAUGGCGAGCGAAGAGACGCAGCUCUCCAACAGACAAACAAACGAAGGCCAUCUAAGCCACUACGCUGUACGGGCAAAGAGGUCAUGUCUGGAAAUGAAACGGCUGGUUUUGAACCUCUUCCCCCUGAAAGUGGCCCGCUGUUUCCGUUUGAUGCAAAAGAAAUGUUUUAAAUAUGCCAAUAAGCAGGUUUUCAUUGGCGGGAGAUCAGUAGUAAAACCCAGGACCGACUUCUUUUUUUCUUUUGGUCCUUUCAGCCGUCGUCUUGGUUACAGUGGCGAACCCGGCGGGAUCCACUGACCGCACUACUACACCACUUGGUGGUGUGUUUUAAAAAAGAUGAAAACUGCCAAUUAAAAUAAAAGCAAAGAAGAAAAAGAGCUAACUUGUAAUGGUGGUGUAGAGAUGGAGGCACGAAGACACCACCACUGCCCAGGCACCGGAGCACCGAACCCAAGGCAGGGAUAUAUUUCGGUCCUGUGGAAGUUUCCAAAAAGUCGUUGCAGGGCCCCCCAGCAAGUAUCAAGGCCCUUAAAACUACCCCGGCCCCCCCCCGCUAAUGGAAACCUGCCGUCUGUACCGUGCCAUCACGAAUUAGCCGCCAAACUGACUCUGUAGAGUCCGUCACCCGUGUGGAGGAGCUUUGACGACCUUUGCAGAAGGUGCGAGGGGGCGGGCAGAGGGAACAAACGAAGGAGCGGCAGCAUCACUUCCCGCAGCAACUGAGAUUUUUAAGUUUUCUUAAUGUUUUUGUGGGGAAUGCCCCGAGCUGGGGCGGUUGGGGGUUCCAGUUUGCUACAGUGCACAGUCGAUGAUGGGUAAUCCCGGGUACAUAUUUUUUUAAUACCAAAAAUGAAAUCGCAUUUUAACGUCAUUUUUAUGAAGUUUGACAUAAAAUUCUUGAAAAUGUUAAAAAACUAAAUGGAAGAAAAAAAAAAAAGAUCUAUAAUGUUGAAAGCUCUGCACUUCUUAGCUGAACCGUCUCCGGCCGUCAGCCGCCAUCUGAAGCCGGGCGCUCCGCUCCGGGGAUGCUGUAUUUACCUUGUGUUUCGUGUCCCGCUCAAAGCGGGCCCACCGAACCGGACAUUUCCACGGGCCCGGGACAGACGGCGCCCCCUCUGUAUCAGCCUCACUCUCUCACCCCGCAGCCGCGGGGCCCGAGAGGCACAUUUCAAGAGGUACAAAGUCUUAAAAAAAAGAAAGAAAAAGGAAAAAAAAGAAAUAAAAAGCUUAGAAAAGUACAAAAAAAAAAAAAGAAGUGGACUGGAGAAGGCUACCUUUCAGGACUCGGAGUCCUGCAGCACACAAGCAAAAAUCACUAUUGCCUGUUUCUGCAACUGCCUUGAUCCCAGACCGGACAGCCCGGACUGACCGGACAGUCGAGGAGCUCCAGCAUCCUGUACGAGCCGGAGAACCCCGAGGGCGGGGGAGGGGCGGGGGGGUUUCCCAUGCUGCACCAGCAUCGAGAGGCUCUCCUCUCCACAGCUCUGUUCCAGACGCCAGUACGUACAAAUACGUACGAGUACGUACCAGUACGGCGUGUGGCAUCACCUCUACGGACUUCUCGGAUCGUGACUUUUUUUUCCUUUUCGUUCAAAAGGUCCCGGUUUAAUAACAGCCGAAAAAGAGCAAUAUGUUUUGGUGUUGUUUUUUUUUUUUUUUUUGUUGUUUUCCCUGCAAAUAAGUGAUACAAAGGAUGGCGUUUGGGUCGCGUGUAAGCUGAUACUUGACAUGCACGUUCUGCUUUGGAGGGUCGGGUACGGUACCCCGAAGUGCUCGUACUGUACCCGCGCGUGUUUAACUAAAGUGUCUAAAAACCCAACCGGACGCGACCGACCCUGUUGCUGAAACAAAUCACAGACAUAUCAAAAAAAAAAAACAUAAAAAAAAAAACCACAGGAAAAAAAUAUAUAUAUUGAACAAAAAUACUUGAAUCAUUGAACGCCAAUAACAUAAUGUGAAGUGAGAAAUUACUUUUGGGGGUAAACUUAUGGGCUUUUAGAGAAUAUCAGAUAUGUAUUGCAUUAAGUUACAAAUACAAAAUCAUAAAAAAAAAAAUACAAAUAACAAAAAAAAGUCAUCUUAGGUGUGUUUGAGCGGGUGUUUGUAUGAAUGUGCGUUCCAGAAACGGCGCGUCCUGCUGUUGCGGCGCUCUCCGUACGUAAAAAUACUUCUGUUGUUCUGUCAAAAAUCUCUUCUGAUUAUCUUCUAACGUUGCACUGAGUGUCUUCAAACCCUCAACUCAGCCAAUUGUAGAGAAGCGAGACUAAGUACGGCGGGGGUGACGGUGACAAUUCACGUGUACAUGUUUACUCAAGGACUUUGUUUUUGUCGCUCCUCAUUCUGUCUGUGUAAAGUUUAUCUACCUUAUAGUGGCUUUUAUUGUGGAAUAAUCCCCGAACGAGGAUUGUUUUUGAGUAUUGCACCGUUUUUUUGUUUCAAUUAUAGAAAAAAAUGUAGCAAAAAAAGUGUAUUAAAAAAAAAAAACUGAAAAAGGGAUAAAAAAAUAAAAAUAAAGAACUGUGCCCAUAGAUAGCUAGCUAGCCUGGCCAGUCAUCCAAAUCAUUUUCUUCGUCAAAAAGAAUUAUUGUGGUCUGAUUUGACUUUUUUCGCGAAAGAAGCUGCCUCUCGAAGCCUUUGGAUCGACGCAAUCAAUCAGAGGAACAACUGAUCAUCACAUAAGGCCCGCCCCCAUUCCAUUGAUUGGUUUGGUACGCUUUGUACCGGUCGUUAAAAAAAAGCGGUGAAUGGUCGAUUUCGGUCUGUGUACUUCGCGGCCAUCCCUUUUUUGUUUUGAAAUGACAAAAUAAAAAUAGGGAUAUAAUCCUGGUCAGUGUAUCUUUUGGUCAUUGGAUUUUUCCAUCAUGAGUGGGAAUCAAAAAACAAAAAACGAUUGGUUUAUUUGAUUUUCCUUUUAAAACAAAAAACAAAUAUUGAAUUACACUGCAUUUUUUCUUUUUUUGUGUUAAUAUGAUUUAACAAAGUUUCAAAAUACGCUUUUAUUUUUGUUUUCUAUUUCAUAUAAGAAAAAUGAAAUCACUAGUCAACAGGAACGAAAAAAUGAACCAAAAACAACCGUUUAUUCGUAUUCGUGCACCGGAAGCUGGCAUUUACAACCAAGUGAAUCCAAAAUAAUCCGUUUCCCCCGUUGGAAACGAAUAGGAAAUAGAGAAAAGAGUUUUCCACUCGCUGUUUUAAUUCCCAAUUUCGAAUUUCAAACACAUCAAUGAAAUCGGAUAACGGAUAACGAUCCGUUUUUUAUUAUCAAAACAAAAGAUGGGGAACGGAUUAUUUUGGAUUAUUUCUCUAUUUUGUCAUUUCAAAACAAAAAAUGGAUGGCCGCGAAGUCCACGGACCCAUUUCCCCGAGCGUUUCUACGGCGUUACCCGGUUGGACUGGCCAGGCUGAUAGACGGUUGUAGGAGGAUUAGAAAUCCUGACUUCACGGGGGAAUCGGAAAGGGAUGAAAUGUGGGAGGUGAGUUCGUGACUCACUUCAGAGGUGCCUAUCUUUUCUGUCUUUGCCACCUGUCGUUUACAAGCAUUUCAUUUCUCCGAAGUUCAAGGAUAUAGGACUUUAUAAACAAGAAUGUUGUUUAAAAAAAAAAAAAAAGAACCCAUCUUCCAUCAACUACGGACAUAAAAAUCGAGCUAAAUGGAGAUUUAUGCUACUUUCAGAACUCUGGGAUUGAUCAGUGUUGUCAUAUUUAAACUUUGGAUUUCUCUCUUUCAGUGACCGCGUCUCUGUGCGUUUUUAUUUGGUUGUGAUUUCAUGUUCCGUGUUGCUGCGAUGCAGUUUGCUCACGUACCUUGCACACUCAGCAAAAGAUGUGGAUUUUUGUCUCAGGAAGGCCAGGGCUCCAGAUCCCGACUCCCUCGCUUCUAGAUUCACCGCUGGUGUGAAGAGAGAGUUAAAGCAAGAGCACUGAAGACGGACAGAAUCUAGAAGUUGUUUCUUUAAAUCGAGAAAAAAAAAAAAAAUGUUAGUAGCAAGUUACAAAUGUACCAAAUAAAACUGAGAAUCAAAUUUGAGAAAAAUGGAGCGCUUUACAUCGAAAACGAUGAUCAAUGUUUUGUUUAAAAAAAGAAAUGUUCAAAAAGACAGUGACGGAAAAUGCAUCUGUAAAGUUUUAACCUUAAGUUUCCAUCCUGUUCAAGAGUAUCGUGCAAGACGUUUCUUUUGUUGUGUUUACUUUUGCGAAUCACCUCUCCUGGCCGUCGUGGAGCGUCCGUCCCCGCGGCGGCGGCGGCGGGUGGUUUCCAGAGGCGGGAGGAACAAAGCUGGUUUUUAAAAAGGAUCAUGAUCUAUGCACAAGCGAGAGGGACGAGUUUGCAAACUCAGACUCUGGGGUUCAGGGUUGUCGAUGUAGGGUUUUUAUUUUUUUGUUUUUUAUUUCCCAUCUCUCCCCCAACUCCUCGACAUCAUCCGACGUUUCAGCGGAACCACAUUGUGUCGUCAAUGCUGUGUAAUCCUUAACCAAUGAGCGCUUAUCCUGCUAAAGCACUGUGGGUUGUACUGAAAAACAAAAAAAUCAUGACUUUUAAGGCUGUCUGUUUUUUAGG